AUGGGCACCUCAGCUAGUGCUCACAAGACUGCAGUCAAGAGCAUAAGUAUUGAUCAGAAUGGAUGGAGUAGACCUUGUUCCGCCACUCGUGGACACAGUGCAGCAUCACACAGAAGCCUGCCGGUCCUGUCGGGUUUCAUUGGAAAUAAGUCAUCACUCGAUGGCGGAUUGACUAAAGCAGAUCGCAUAAGGCUAGUGGAUCGAGCUAUCAAGGCCGAAACGACAGCAGCUGAAUGCGAGAAUAAAAUGAAAGGCAUGGAGAGAGAGAUCCGUACUCUUGAGCUCCGAAAUCAUGAUCUCUCUACGGAAGUUUGCUGGUUACGACAACAGUGCACAAUACCAUGCCCUGAUGCAGGAAACGGUUCGUUAGCCUCAUUUGUGCCGCCGAAUUGUUCCGAACAAUGUCAGGUUGAGAAAAAAAUGUUGCAAGAUACUGUAUCAAGACAGAACGCCGAUCUGAGCCAAUUACGAAUGGACUGUGAACGAUUGAAUGCCAUCGAUGUUCGGAAAGAUAUACGAAUUUCAGAACUGAUCAAAGAGGUCGAGACAGGGAAGGCAAGAAUUGCUGCUUUGGAAGAACUUUGCCGAAAUCAGAUGGAUGGUAUAACGUCAAUGACAUCGUCUUCCUCCUAUGAAUGCAAGGAAGAUGUGCGCAAAACCGAACCAUCAAGCGAGAAAAGUGUUGAAACUCGAGCCGAAAACGAAGUCGCUGUAGGAAAUCAUGUGGGGCCAACGAUGGCUGCAUCCACAAGCAGCAAUGCCGUAACUACUAAACCAAGACCUACGCUUCGGAAUAUCUUCACGAUGGGCAAAGAAAAGCGCAUCGACGGAAAAGUUCGCCCAAGCACUGCUAGUGACUCGAAAACAUCUGGGUCAUUCCCGCCUCCAUUGCAGCGCCUAGACACAGUGCCCAUAUUGAGAAGCAUUGAAAUCAUGCCAGCUCCUCCAGAUGGGAAGGAAGACCAGGAUGAGAAAACCAGUACGAACGUCGACGACACAAAUGAUGAUCCGUACCUCAACGAGAAAGAUCUGGUGGAAUGUUCUGAUGAUAACGAUGAUGACUCGGACAUCGACAUAACGGACAUUUUGGAGAACUCCCACAAAUCUAUUACAGUGUCUCAACGGUCCCAAUCUAGCAAAAGCCGCGAUUCUGGAUACUCCACAAGAUCCAUCAUUCACAACAGAUUGCAUUCUUGACGAACCUGCUUUCGAUACUAAUUUUAGUAAGGCUGCUACUGUUCACUUUCGGUCUCACUCAAUAUACUUAAAGAUCGUAAUUUGAUUUUUCACAUGUACGAGGUCUUGGAAUAGAUUCGUGUUCACCCUCUCGUUCGAGAUGUCGAUGAUUGUCAUGCGAGAGCACCAAAUUGCCAAUAUUGUUCGGGCGACACCAUCACUUGCCAUCAUAUGAUGGCGAUUGGACCCUUUUCCUCCUUGAUUAGCC